AUGAUAAAGUUGCGAGAAACCCUGUACCAGGUGUUGUUUAGGCGGAAAAACGAGAAUGACAUACUUAUUGAUCAACCAAACAAGAAGAAAUUGGCCAGGGUCCUCAACCUAAUGGAUUUGACGUUUCUUGGCGUUGGGUCUACGUUGGGCGUAGGCAUUUAUGUACUCGCUGGAAAUGUUGCCAGAAUAGAAGCCGGGCCAGCCGUUGUGCUGUCAUUCGUUUUGGCUGCUUUGGCGUCAGCUUUCGCAGGCCUGUGUUACGCUGAAUUCGCAGCGCGAGUGCCAAGAGCUGGGUCGGCUUACGUUUACAGUUAUGUCGGAGUUGGCGAAUUCGUCGCGUUCGUGAUCGGGUGGAAUCUAAUACUCGAAUAUGUCAUCGGUACUGCAAGCGUCGCCAAAGCUUUCAGUAAUUACAUCGAUGCGCUGUUGGACUAUCCCGUGAAAACCACCAUGACCUAUCUCUUUCCUAUAAACGUCAGUUUUUUGGCCGAUUAUCCAGAUGUUUUGUCGUUCAGUCUCGUGAUACUAUUAUCGAUUAUACUGUCAUGGGGAGUUCGAGAAUCUACAAUGAUCAACAACAUAUUUACAUUCGUUAAUUUAUUGACUGUGGUCACUGUUAUUAUAACAGGAUUAUUUAGAGUUAAUUUGCACAAUUGGAGUAUACCAAAACAAGACAUACCAAAAAGCGCAAAAGGUGGUGAAGGUGGUUUUAUGCCUUUUGGAUGGGCCGGAGUGACUGCGGGGGCGGCCAAAUGUUUUUACGGGUUCAUUGGUUUUGACAGUGUAGCUACUACAGGAGAAGAAGCGAAAAAACCGAAACGGGAUAUCCCGUUGGCCAUCAUAUUGUCGUUGACUAUCAUAACGUUUGCAUAUUGUUGUAUCAGUUCAGUCUUAACUCUAAUGUGGCCGUAUUAUGAUCAGGACAUCGACGCACCAUUUCCGUACGUCUACGAUCAUCUCGGUUGGACGACUUUGAAAAUGAUUGUUUCAUCCGGCGCUAUAUUUGCUAUGUUUGCCAGUCUCUUAGCAAGCAUGUUCUCGAUGCCGAGGAUUCUGAUGACUAUGGCAGAAGACGGUCUCAUGUUCAGUAUGUUUUCAAUCAUUCACCCAAAGUUUAAGACUCCUCUAUUAGCAACUCUGUUGUCGGGUCUAUUCGCAGGUAUUGUGACAGCACUUUUGAAUCUUGAUCAGCUGAUGAACAUGAUGUCGAUUGGCACGUUGUUGGCGUACACGAUAGUGUGCAUUUGUGUGCUGAUGUUACGGUACAAAAACGAUUCGGACGUCGACGAGCCUAUGCUCAAACAGAGCAAUGGUGAAUCAGAGACCAAAGGAUUAGUAAAGGUGGUAGACAAGUAUUUUAAUUUGUCCAACGUCAGUAACGCCAAUAAAGACAGUCAGUGCGUUUCCACGAAAAUCAUUAUAUUGUUCAUUUGCACUUCAGCGUUGUUUAGCUUUAUAACUGUACAACAAGAGUGUGUCACGACCGUUCAUCAAUGGUGUGAUGAAAACAACAUCAACGGAACGACCUUCCAACCAGGUUGCGUCAAAAACACCAGCAACGAUAAAACUUUCGAACCAAAAUGUGUCAAAAACAGCAUAGCGAUGUAUGCUAGCGCCAUUUUGGCAAUCGGAUUGUUGCUUCUGUUGCUGUUACUGACUAGACAACCCCAAUCGAACAAAAAACUUUCAUUCAAGGUUCCAUUAGUUCCGCUCAUACCGUGCAUUAGCAUAUUGAUGAACAUUUACUUGAUGAUGAAACUCGACGUAAUCACUUGGAUUCGUUUUAGUAUAUGGCUGUUGUUUGGUCUAUGCAUAUAUACACUUUAUGGCAUGAAUAACAGUGUUGAAGGCUUAAGACGGAGAGCGGAGUCGAAAAAAAGUCAGUCGAAUUCUGAAGAGACGAAACACCAGAUUUCCUCCAUCAACUUAUAGACACACGCAUAGUGGUGAUAAUAUAUAGACUAAAACAUAUUUUGAACCCAAAUAAAAACCAACCAUUAUGCGAAAGACGUCUCUUUUUUAACACACCGUACAGAGUGAUAGCCGUUCGUAAAAUAUUUACUUAUACCUACCAGUAUUCAGUUUUAUACCUACGUCUUACAAAUAAAAAAUAUUUCAUGUACAUGUAUGUUGAAUGACUGUGUAUAAUUCGA